GGUGACUUCAUCCUCACCCAUGCGCAGUGUAUUACAUAAUGACAUCACCUGCUGUGUUCCAGCGUCCAUCGGCGGGCGGCGGAAAGUCACGAUCUUCAACGAACGAGGCGUCUCGUAGAAAAUACGAGAAAGACCUGCUUCGUCAGAACUCAAUUUUCAUUGGUCAUUUUGUUAUCCGCCUCUAUUAUUCUGACCAAUCAGAGAGCUCGCAGGGCAGCAUUACACUGUCGAGUUGCUGGGCAGAGAACACAAAAUCAACAUCAGCGGAGAGAGUACGUUCGCACUUGGGCUACGCGAUAAAGCAGGUGCAAAGGCACACUUCAUACGCUGUAAAACUAACCAUGGCAACUGACUGUGAGGCAUGGCUAAAUGCAAACCCUGUUGAGGCCGGAAAUCUUAGCGAUUCCUUCCCUUCCGGGGACGAGGACAGCACCUUCGCUGGAAAUGUCAAUAAUGAGAUCAACGGAAACUGGAUAUUGGCCCCCACCGGCAGCAUUCACGAGGCAAGACUCAAGGCCAAGGUGAAGAGACGUCUGAGGAAGAACUCCUCCCGGGACUCGGGCCGGGGCGACUCGCUGAGUGAUAACAGUGAUGCGGUCCGGUCCACGGUCCCGCCCACCAGCCCAAAGGGCAAACUGCUCAACCGGAGGUCCAGGAUGGGCAAGGGACGAGGCCUGCCGAAGAAAGGUGGAGCUGGCGGUAAAGGCGUAUGGGGAACACCGGGGGAAGUUUAUGACGAAGAUGUGAAAGUUGAUGUGAAAGAUCCCAAUUACGAUGCGGAGCAGGAGAACUGCGUAUACGAGACGGUCGUCCUCCCUCUGGACGAAGAGACGUUUGAGAAGACGGUCACUCCUAUAGUUCAAGAGUACUUUGAGCACGGGGAUGCUAAUGAAGUGGCGGAACUGCUUGCCGAGCUGAACCUGAGUGGCAUGCGUGGCGACGUGCCCAUGCUAGCCGUAUCGCUAGCGCUGGAGGCGAAAGCCAGCCACAGGGAGCUGACGUCCCGACUGCUCAGCGAGCUCUGCGGGCGCGUGCUCACGGCCGGUGACGUGGAGGCCUCCUUCCACAAACUGCUCAAAGAGCUGCCCGACCUGGUGCUGGACACGCCAGCGGCUCCACAGAUGCUCGGCCAGUUCAUCGCUCGAGCCGCUGCGGAUAACAUCCUCUCAAAAAGCUUCAUAGAUGGCUACAAAGGACGAGUAGACUGCGAAUACGCCAGAGCUGCACUGGAUCGCGCGGCUGUGCUGCUGAGAAUGAGUCGAUGGACCGGCCUUCGCAUCGACAGCCUCUGGGGUUCAGGCGGCGGCCAGAGACCUGUCAAUCAACUCAUUAAAGAGGUUAACCUCCUGCUGAAGGAGUACCUGUUAUCAGGUGACGCCGUGGAAGCCGAGCGCUGUUUGAGAGAACUGGAAGUGCCACAUUUUCAUCACGAGUUUGUUUAUGAGGCGGUUAUCAUGGUGCUGGAGUCUAAAGGCGACCGAACGCUUCAGAUCGUCCUACAGUUGCUGAAGUGUCUGUGCGCCUCCACCGUCAUCACUGUGGACCAGCUGAGACGGGGGUUUGAAAGGGUCUACCUGGACAUGGCAGAUAUCAGUAUUGAUGUGCCGUGUGCGUAUUCGCUCCUGGAGCAGUUCGUGGAGCAGAGCUUUAACGCCGGGGUCAUUGAUAAAAAACUCCGGGACCUCUGUCCUUGUCGGGGCAGGAAGAGGUUCAUGAGUGAAGGAGACGGCGGGCGGCUGAAGCUGGACAGCUUCUGAGUCCAGGCGUCCCACGAGCCCUUCCUGUGGCAGCUGCUCCGCCUCUGAUGCUCACUGGAGCUCUGUGUUUCUUUAAGUUGCUUGUAUUUGUCAUGCAAGUUUAAGUACUAAAAAACUUUGCUCCUGUCAGAACGCACGAUGUGACCGAAGGGCCAGGCACUUUUCAAAUCCAAAGGAGAUGUAAAUCCCCCCCAACCGAUCCUUCUGAUGUCACUUUUUAAGCUAAUCCUGAAAGUGCCACACUUAUGACUUAGUCAUUCCAUGUUUUGUAUUCCCGAGUUCACUGCCACUCCUGUGCUCCAGUUAGCAGUGUUUGUAGACUUGUGGAGUCGUGUACAUAGCUUUAUAAGUGGGGGGCAUGUAAGUUGGAAGCUCUUUCUCCCUCCUGGGCUGCUUUUUGUAUGACUGUGCUUGAGUUUAUUUUCUCCUUGACUUCUCAAAGGUGUCAUUUCUGAUGGUCACUGACGGAUGGACAAUGCACAGCAGCUGGGAUCAUUUCACAGAAGUGUCAAGAACAUUUAUUUUUAUAUUUCAGUAGACUGGUGGAUGUGAAACGUACUUAACUUACUUGCUCUUUGUUUAAAAUGGUUGAUAAAUAAUAAAGUUUGUCAUUA